UUAUGUGUGUCUGCGGACAGAACCACAGCUAAGUGGAUUGCAAACCACUGCGGGAGAAUGCAGCAGUUCGCCUGUUCCUACACGCCGAUCUGCCAACCCGGAAGUAAAUUGGUUGACGGGGAGUGCUUCUUUUUGGCGAAAACCAGUCCGCUGAUCCCGAAUGCGGUACAGCAUGACAGGGUCCAGCCGCACGUCGCAGAUCUGAGGUGUGACGAGAUUGUCCCGACGGCGAAAUUAUGAAUGGCAAAAGUAUCGUACUCGUAUAAAUGCAUUACAAAUUUCCUCAGCGUGAGAAAUAUAGUUUGUAAUGCGGAUUUCUCUUAAGAAAAAAAUUUGUAAUGCAUGAUUGCAGGGCAUGUACGAUACUUUUGCACAGGAUAGAAAUUAGCGAAAAUCGUGACGGAGGAGCAGGAUUUCGCGGUAUCAGAGUUUAUGCACUGCAAAUAUGUCUGGGUCUGGAAAAAUGCACGUCUGUCAUGCUUGUCUCACAUGACUCUUGAACCUGUAAUGCGUGAGCAGGAGAAGACCCUCUUGCCUGUCAUGCUAAAAUGUAGUUUGUCAUGCGGAAAGCGAAACACAUAGGAGCCCAGAAACUUGUCAUGCGUAGCUGCCUAUUGCAGUCGUGUCCCCUCAAUUCAUACAUUAGCAUCACAAGUUUCCAGACCCAGACGUAUUUGCAAUGCAUAGAGCUGUUACAGGAGCAAUCCGUAACGUCUGCGAGUAUCGGGUUUAAGUAUAACGACGAGGUGGAUCGACU